UAUUUUGACAUUCCGCUGAAGAUCACAUAAUAGAUAAUAACUUGCAAAAGCUGUAAAUGUGAUCAGCUGAUUACUUUAGUUUCACAUCUCUCACAAGUCUUCGGAGUCAACGGCGAUACUCUAAAGCUACUAAAAAAACAGUUUCGCUCCCAUGAUUCUUUAGAACUAAGCCACCCUAAGUCGCACGUGCACCAGGAAAUAGUUUAUAGCUUCUGAACUGAUCCUUUUCUUAAAGCACUUUUCUUUACAGUGCCUCUGUUGACCUGUCUUUCCCGAAUGUGGUAAAGGUGGGGAUGGCGAAACCAUGUGGCUUAGUGAAAUCAAGUCACUUGGUGAAGCCUGUAUCAGCAACUCGGGUCGCUGGCAGAUACCUUGCCCACCAGCAGGGCCUGCCCCGUCUGCCUGUCCCCUCACUGCAGCAGACCUGUGAGCGCUACGUCACUGCUCUGGAGCCCAUUGUGGAGGUGGAUGAGCUGAAGCACACCAAAGAGCUGGUGCAGGAGUUUCAGAAAGCAGGAGGGGUUGGAGAGAGACUGCAGAGAGGCCUUGAAAAGAGAGCACAGAAUACUGAGAACUGGCUGUCAGAGUGGUGGGUGCAGGUUGCUUAUCUUGAGUACCGAAUGCCUGUGGUGGUCCAUUCAAGUCCUGGGUUGGUCUUGCCUCGCAUGAACUUCAGUGACAAGCAGGGACAAAUAAGAUUUUCUGCCAAACUGAUAGCGGGUGUUUUGGACUUUAAAACAAUGAUUGACAACGAGACACUACCAGUGGAGUACUUGGGAGGAAAGCCCCUGUGUAUGAAUCAGUAUUAUGAAGUGCUGUCAUCCUGCCGUAUCCCUGGUCUGAAGAGAGACUCAGUGGUGAACCACGCCAAGAGCUCACAGCCCCCCAAACACAUCACUGUAGUACACAACUUUCAGUUCUUUGUGCUGGACGUAUACAACAGUGAUGGGACUCCGCUGACCGUUGAUCAGCUCUGUGUUCAGCUGGAGAGGAUCUGCAGCUCCUCACUACAAACUAGUGUGGAGCCUGUCGGCAUCCUGACAACCCAGCAUCGCGAUGCCUGGGGCAAGGCCUACAUCAACCUCAUCAAGGAUAAGACCAACAAAGAAUCUGUGUCAGCUAUCCAAAGAAGCAUCUUCACUGUGUGUUUGGAUGGAGCAAUGCCUGGAGUGUCUGAUGAGAUGUACCGUAGCUCUGCUGCCAUCCAAAUGUUGCACGGAGGAGGAAGUCAGUGGAAUAGUGGCAACCGCUGGUUUGACAAGACACUGCAGUUUAUAAUUGGAGAGGAUGGGACAUGUGGUGCAAACUAUGAGCAUGCCCCAGCUGAAGGCCCACCCAUUGUGGCCUUGAUUGACCAUGUUGUAGAAUACACGAGGAAGCCAGAGACGACGCAGCCACCCAUGGUGCCUUUGCCUAUGCCCAAGAAACUACAUUUCAGCAUCACGCCUGAGAUCAAGAAGGACAUUGAGGAGGCCAAGCAGAGUAUGAACAUACUGGCCCAAGACCUGGAUAUGAAGGUUAUAGUAUUUCGCCACUUUGGGAAAAAUGUCCCAAAGACCCACAAGAUGAGCCCUGAUGCCUUUAUACAGAUAGCACUACAGCUGGCCUACUACAGGAUGUACCAGCGGUGCUGUGCCACAUAUGAAAGUGCCUCCCUGCGUAUGUUCAGACUGGGCCGUACAGAUACAAUCCGAUCAGCCUCAAAUGCCUCAGCUGCCUUUGUCAAGGCCUUUGAUGACCCCAGCAAACAGAACACAGAGAAGGUUGACCUAAUGGAGAAAGCUGUAAAAGCACACAGGUCAUACACUAACAUGGCAAUCGGAGGCCAGGCUAUAGACAGACACCUCCUGGGCCUUAAGAUGCAAGCUGUUGAGGAAAAAGUCUCCAUUCCUGAUAUCUUCAGAGACACUGCCUAUGCUAAAGCCUUGCACUACCAGCUAUCUACAAGUCAGGUACCAUCUAAGACAGACUGUGUCAUGUGUUUCGGUCCAGUUGUACCCAAUGGAUACGGCGUAUGCUACAACCCUAUGAACGAUCACAUCAACUUUGCUGUGUCAUCUUUCAACACCUGUGCGGAGACGAAUGCAGCACACUUGGCCCAGGCUGUGGAGGAUGCACUGUUAGACAUGAGGACUCUGCUGGGACAAACCCCAAGAGCUAAACUGUAAAGCUCUGUUAGACUCUCAUAAAGUGGACAUGAGAGAGCUAGUCUCAGUGAUGACUAAUGAUCAGACCUGAUUGGAUUAAGUGACAUUUGGAUGAUGGUGCCCCACACCUGGUGCACAAUUAUCAAGCUCCAGUUGGUAGUCUGAAUCAGUGUUCUGUUUUCUCACCAUCAUCAUGCACUUUAAUGAUGCAGUGAUUCCUGCAGAGCAGUCACUAGGAGGUGCUGUUCCUUGCUGUUAAAAUUCACACACACACUUGUUAAAUUAAGUAACAAUGAUGCACACAAUUAUUUACAUACACUUCUGUUGUAAUACUGAAGUGUAACUCUGAAAUAUCUUCAUUCAAAAUCAAGGGCCUGUUGUUGGCAGAAACAUUAUGAUGUUUGCUUAAGAAAUAGCUAUAGAUGGAUAUUUUAUAAUCAACAAUCACCUGAUGGGAUCAAAACCAACAAUCACUUGGCUCUGAUGCUACAAGAAGUUAUUUUAUUCACUGAUAAAAUAGUAUGUAGUACUUCAUUUGUCAGGCAAAAAUGACAAAAAGUUUCAGGAAGUCCCAGGUUCUCAAAUGUUGAAUUUUUCUGGUUUUCUUAGUCAUCUGUUAUAGUAAACUGAAUAUUGCAAAAGACUUUUGAACUGUUGGUCAGACAAACAAAAACUACUGCAUUAUGUCACACUGUGCCUCAUGACAGUGAAAAUGGCCAGUGUCUGUGUAUGAUGGCAUUUUUGAUUGCUACGUUGCUGCAAAAAUACAGAUGUCAAACUAAGCAUGCAGGGAUUGACUGGUUAACCAUACGACUGGUUUAACAACCCUCUCAGUCUUAAUAAUAAACUCUCUGUGCAAAUUAAGAAACUGCAUCCACAGGUUAAUAAUCUUACUGAACAUAUUACUAGUUCACUGCUUUUUUGACUUUUUAGAAUUUGCAUUUGGCUUUCAGAAUAAAAGCAGGGAUUUGUAACUUUCUAAAAGGUAAAAUCACAGCAUGUUACUCAAGUUCAGCUCACUAACUUUUUAAUUGUUGCAGCAGAAGUUACAUCCCUCUCCUGCCUGCACUCUGUCUUCAUGAAUAAAUCAUGCAUUAGCAAUCAAGA